AGAAGACCAGGCAGAAGGAAGCAACUAGUUGAAUUCCUCUACACCCUAAGUCAAUAUUUGGAACCAUUCUAGAAAGCAACCAUAGUCCUCAGUAGUCAUCGAAGCUUCGGGUAUGCGUGUCGUAUGGUUUGUUUCUCAUAUAUGAUACUCUCACAAACAAAAAAACAUUAGCAAUUUAAUAUAUAGUAGGGAAUAAAAAGAACUUGAAAUCAAGAGAGAAGAGACUAAGAAUAUACAAACACAAGAUGAUGGCAUGUUCUUUGCCUUUUAACAACAAAAAUUUGGACGUAAGUUUCUUUGUCUUCAAGCCAACCAUUGUAAUCAUAGAUGACCUUAUUCAUGGACUUAAACAGUUCUCCUUAAGCACUGAGAGCCUUGGCUGUGUUCAAAGCUCUAUAUUUAGAAGCAUACAUGGAAAUAUGAUCAUAUGGUAUGGAGCAUGGCAGAAACGGCCAAAUAAGGAAAAGGUGCAGCUGACCCUAACACUUAAAUCAAUGCUAACCAACAUAUCAAGCAUGGCUAUCUUAAUUGAACAUAGUUUCCUUGAAGCAUAUGGUGGAGAAUCAAGAGAUGGCUCUUCAACUGCAAAAUUCUCUACAGGGGACAUAAUAUCCCUGAACUCAGCAGUCACCACUACUAAUGACCUUAAUGACCUUUGCUAUGCCGUCCUAGCAAUUUUAAGGUCUCGCUUUUCAAAAAUGGAAGGUAUAACCGCAGGCCUUUGCUUGAAAGGACAAAGCAGACCCAUAGUGGUAUCCAUUCAUGUGUGGAAGUCUCUCCAUUUUUGUUACUCGUGGAUUCUCAACUUUGACCAAAGAAAAUGGAUGAUGCCUUACCUUGAACGUUUCUCUAUCGACAUGAAGUAUGAUAUUUUCCGAGUAGUCUAUGUUAGUGGUGACAAUGUGGUUGAUCUUAACUAUAUUUCUCCUCAUCAGAUGUUAGAAAAUGGGCAAGAGAACAGGCAAGGGCAAGUUAUGCAAAACUGAAACUACUUUAAAAGAUUUCAAGUUUUGAACUAUCUUCUUAUACUAUGCUCUCUUUUUUCCUUAUGUUGUAAAUGUGUAUAUAUAUUACUUUUUCGUAAUCAAUUCACAGGUUAGAACUCAAUGUUGUAUGUUAAGUAAGUAGGUAUACUUAUAGGAAGGAGUUAGCUAAGACUUUCAACUACAAUUUUAACAAAUAUACAUGCAUGCACACAUAUGAACCACAAACAAGCAAACCGUACACAAGAAAAUUUGGAUUUUGCAC